UCUCACUACACCAAAGGAAGCAGGAUUAACUAAUUGAGGAAUUCUUGGGGAGAUAAUUGAGGAAUUGAGGCAAUUAAUGGGAUAUUUUUACAAAAUACUAGCACUUACACGCUCACGUAUUCACGUUGUUGACAAGAAAGAAAAUUCAGCGGAAGUUGCCUUGACUUGUUUCAUUGAUGCUUCUUAUCAGCGCUAAAUAUGUGUUUCAUUGAUGCUUCACUGAAGCAUUCAUCGCACAACAAAGCUUGAAACAUUUUUUGUUUCAUCCGUGAAUGGUUCCUUCUCACUCUCGCAAUCGUAUUUGUCACGUGAAGUCAGAAAACUUUGGAAAAUUUUUCAAAGUCCUCUUCGCGAGUUUUUGCGUAUUUUCCGUGAAAUUGUGCGGGUAAAUCAAUCGUCAGGAUGACUGAGAAUAUGGCAGACUUGAUGGUGUCGCUGCAUGACGAUAAAAUCGACAUGAUUGCAGCCACCAGUGUGCUACAGCAGCAGGCUGGAGAUAUUCGCCAGAGUAAAAUCAACUGGCAGUCGUACAUGCAGUCCCAGAUGAUCUCGAGUGAGGACUACAAUUGUGUGAGUGCCCUCGAUGGGGACAAGAAGGCGCAGUACUUGCAGCAGAAUGCCUCUCAGUGCGCCAAGACUCUCCUCAAUCUCCUCUCGCACGUUUCCAAGGAUCAAACAAUCCAAUACAUCCUCGUUAUGAUUGAUGAUCUACUGCAGGAGGAUCGCACCCGUGUGGAGAUUUUCCACGAUUACGCCCUGAAGCGCAAGGAGAGUGUCUGGGGUCCCUUCCUGAAUUUGCUCAAUCGCCAGGAUGGCUUCAUUGUGAACAUGUCUUCGCGAAUUCUGGCAAAACUCGCUUGCUGGGGCCACGAGCAAAUGCCCAAAUCCGACCUUAACUUCUACCUUCAAUGGCUUAAGGAUCAACUGACCGUCAAUAGCAACGAAUACAUCCAAUCUGUGGGACGUUGUCUCCAAAUGAUGCUACGUGUGGAUGAAUAUCGUUUUGCCUUUGUGUCCGUUGAUGGGAUCAGCACAAUAAUAAGCAUCCUGUCGUCUCGGGUUAACUUCCAAGUGCAAUAUCAGCUUGUUUUCUGCCUGUGGGUGCUCACAUUCAACCCAUUGCUGGCGGAGAAGAUGAAUAAGUUCAAUAUUAUCCCCAUUUUGGCGGACAUUCUCAAUGAUUGUGCCAAGGAGAAGGUUACGCGCAUCAUUUUGGCCGUUUUCCGGAACCUCAUUGAGAAGCCCGAGGAUAGUCAGGUGUCCAAGGAGCACUGUAUUGCCAUGGUGCAGUGCAAGGUGCUGAAGCAGCUUUCAAUUCUCGAGCAACGUCGCUUCGAUGAUGAGGAUAUUUCGUCCGAUGUGGAGUAUUUGACGGAGAAAUUGCAGAAUUCGGUGCAGGAUUUGAGUUCAUUCGAUGAGUAUGCAACAGAAGUAAAGAGUGGACGCCUAGAGUGGUCUCCGGUGCAUAAAUCUGCUAAAUUUUGGAGAGAAAAUGCUCAGCGUCUCAAUGAAAAAAACUACGAACUUCUCCGUAUCCUUGUUCAUCUUCUCGAGACCGUCAAAGAUCCGCUCGUUCUCUCCGUGGCCAGUUUUGAUAUUGGGGAAUAUGUGAGACACUACCCCAGAGGAAAGCGUGUGAUUGAGCAACUUGGUGGGAAGCAGUUGGUGAUGCAGCUGCUGAGUCAUGAAGACCCGAAUGUUCGGUAUGAAGCCCUCCUGGCUGUUCAGAAGCUCAUGGUGCACAACUGGGAGUAUCUGGGUAAACAACUUGAGAAGGAUAAGGAAGGUGGUGCUUCAGCCUCUAAACCCGGUGCAGCUCCAAUUGCUGGAAAAGCAUAAAUUAUCACAUAAAAAAUAUCCCCCCUGUAGUUGUUUUGAACCGAUUUUUGAAAAUUAAAAGAAAGAAUAAAUCAGUAGAAGAACAUUCCAGCUUGGCAAACAAAAUUUCACACAAAAAAGUGAUUUUAUCUGUUACAAAAAAAAAUCAUUUUUAUCAAAAUUGCCAAAGCUUAAGAAUUGAAGGGAAAGAAAAAAAAUAAAUUGUUAGUUUUAUCUUCAUUAACUGCAAUCAUAUAAGUAUUAUUGUUAGUGUGAAGGGGAGGUGUAAUAAGUGUUAAAUGGCAUCACCCACUCCCAUGUAAAUAUCUUUAAAGAAAAAGAAAAAGAAUAAAAUAUUCAAUGUGUCAUUUUGGUGGCUUUGUUGACUAUAAAUUGAAACAAAAAUUGUAUGAUUUAUGUAACAAUUUACUGUAAAAAAAAUGAGAUAAUAAAUCGAAAGCACGAAAUUCA